AUGUCCCUGCGGAGGCUGGCGCCGCAGCCGCUGGACAACCGCGGCGCUCCUGCGCUGGCCGGCACGGCUGCGACGCUGCCGCGCGCGCACAGGCAGCUCGGCCUGAGCCGCUCCAGCUCCCUGGGGGACUCCUCGACUCCACAAAGACACAUAGUCGCUAUCCUCAAAGAAGAUAAAGAGACAUUUGGAUUUGAAAUUCAGACCACCAGAUUUCCUCACCAGAAUGAUUACUCCCUGGAGCUGUGCACUUGUGUCUGCAAAAUUCAAGAGGAAAGUCCUGCCUAUCUUUCUGGCCUGCAGAUCGGUGAUAUCCUUGCCAACGUCAACGGAGUGAACACUGACGGCUUCAGUCACAAGCAGAUAGUGGACCUGAUAAAGUCUUCAGGGAAUUAUUUAAGACUGGAGACCGUCAAUGAGGCCUUGCUUCUGAGGAAAAUGGAGCUGGAGACGAAGCUGCAGCUACUGAAGCAGGCCCUGCAGCAGCGGUGCGCCGAGCUCCGGGCCCUGCACUUGCAGGAGCAGCGGCUGCUGCAUGGGGCCGGGAACGAGGAGGAGCCGCCGCAGUGGGACGGCUGCGUGCUGCCGGGGCCGGUGCUGCCGCGGGCGCCGCGCGGCUCCAGCGGGAGCAGCUCCCGCAGCCGCCUCAGCUGGAUGACGCUGGACAGCGAGGACGGCUCCUGUGCCGGCGGCGCCUUCGAGGACUCGGCGGCCGAGAGCCUGAGCCGGCAGUCGAGCGUGGACGACGACUGCGUGUUCCCGCGGGACGGCGCCGGCGCCGCGCGCGGCCCCUCGCUGCGCAGGAACCGCAGCAUCAGCGUGGCCAGCAGCGGCUCCCUGUCCCCGCUCUGGGAGGGCACCGGCAGCACGCUCCACUUUGGGACGCUCCCGCGGAAAAGCAGGAGACCCAGUGUCCGCAAGCAGCUGCUGAAGUUCAUCCCAGGCCUGCACCGAGCCGUGGAGGAGGAGCAGAGCCGGGUCUGA